AUGAGUGACGCACCAAAAGAAGUGCCGCCGAGCACAGGCGCUUCCGAAGACGUGACUACCCUCAACGUUGACCCCAACACCCUGACAGUCGCGGAUCUCUACGACAAGGAGAAGUUUGACCUCGAGACCAUGGACAACCGUCUUGUCUUCCAGCUGCUGCAGUGCAGCCCCGAGGGUCUGUCCCAGAGCGAGGCCGAGCCCUUUGGCGAGAACAGACUGCCCCAUAAGAAGGUCAGCCCCAUCAUCCAGUUCCUGUCCUUCAUGUGGAACCCCCUAUCAUGGGUUAUGGAGGCCGCCGCCCUUGUUGCUAUUGUUCUUAGCAACGGACAGGGCAUGCCCCCGGAUUGGCAGGAUUUUGUUGGUAUCGUUCUGCUUUUGAUUGGUAACUCUUGCAUUGGCUACUACGAGGAGCGCGGUGCCGGUAAGGCUGUCGAGGCCUUGAUGGCCGCCCUCGCCCCCCAGUGCACGGUCAAGCGUGACGGCAAGUGGGUCACCAUGGAGGCCGCCAACCUUGUCCCCGGAGAUAUUAUCUGCAUCGGUAUCGGAGACGUCGUCCCCGCUGAUUCCCGCAUGGUUGUCGCUAACAAUGUCAAGAUCGAUCAGGCUGCUCUCACCGGUGAAUCUCUGCCCACCAGCAAAGAUGCGGGUGAUGAGGUUUUCUCUGGCUCGACUGUCAAGCAGGGCGAGGCCGAGGCCGUCGUCAUUGGUACUGGUUUGAACACCUUCUUCGGUCGUGCUGCGUCUCUGGUCGCUGGUGCCAACGAGGGCAUGGGCCAUCUGCAGCAGGUUCUCGCUCAGAUCGGUAACUUCUGCAUCUGCUCCAUUGCUAUCUUCCUGGUCGCCGAGAUCUUUGUCAUGUAUGCCGGCUUCAGAUUCCGGUAUCGUCGCGGUAUGAACAAUCUUCUUGUGUUGCUCAUUGGUGGUAUUCCCAUUGCCAUGCCCACUGUCCUGUCAGUCACCCUGGCCAUUGGUGCCAAGCAGCUCGCUGAACACAAGGCCAUUGUCACCCGUAUCUCUGCCAUCGAGGAGCUUGCCGGUGUUACCAUUCUGUGCUCGGACAAGACCGGUACCCUCACUCUCAACGAACUUACCAUCAAGACCGAGGCUAACCAGGAUGCCAUCGACAAGUCGAUCGUCGAAUCGCUGCACGACACUUCCCUUGCUCGCAAGGGCAUUGAGAUCCUUGACUUUAUUCCGUUCAACCCUGUCGACAAGCGUACCGAGGUCACCUACCGCCGUCUGUCUGACAACACUGUUCACCGCGUGUCCAAGGGUAUGAGUCAGAUCAUCCUUGAGCUUUCUACCCGCGAUAUGUCUGCUGAUGUCAAGGCACAGCUUCACAGGGAUGUCGAUGAGUUUGCCCAACGUGGUCUGCGUGCCCUGGCUGUCGCCGAGGAGUCUGUCCCCUCCGGCGUUAUGAUCACUGGUGACCAGCUGGCCAUUGCCAAGGAGACUGGUCGCGAGCUCGGCAUGGGUGACACCAUGUACAAGGCCUCGAUCCUCAACAAGCCUGAUGAGCUCGCUGGUAUUGCCAACUCAGUUGAUGAGCUGGUCCUGCGCGCCGACGGUUUUGCCGGUGUCUACCCCGAGCACAAGUAUGAGAUUGUCGAGCGCCUGCAGAACCUUGGCCACAUGGUUGCCAUGACUGGUGACGGUGUCAACGAUGCCCCUGCUCUCGCCAAGGCCAACGUCGGUGUCGCCGUUGCUGACGCAUCCGAUGCUGCCCGCUCUGCCGCCGAUAUUGUCCUUACCGAGGCCGGUCUUUCGACCAUCAUUGAGGCCUUCUGCACUCGCCGCAUGCGCAACUACGCCAUCUACACCUGCGCCGUCACUGUUCGUAUUGUCACCACCUUCUCAAUCCUCGUUUUCGCCUUCAAGUUUGACUUCCCCCCGUUCAUGGUGCUUAUCCUGGCCAUCAUUAACGACGGAACUAUGAUGACCAUUUCGACCGAUAACGUGAGACCCUCCAAGGGCCGAAUCAUGGAACCUGAAGGAGAUUUUCUCUUACGCCAUCGUCUACGGCUGCUACCUGACCCUGACCACGCUGAUUUCUUUGUUGUCAUUGACAAGACCAACUUCUUCCAGCGCCACGGAUGCAAGCCCCUCACCAACCACAACGACUUCAGCCUUCACUCGAUCAUCUACCUGCAGGUCUCGAUUCUGUCGCAGGGUCUCAUCUUCGUCACCCGUGCCCAGGGAUUCUUCUUCACUGAACGUCCCUCGGUCUUCCUCUGCUGCGCCUUUGUCAUUGCGCAGUUCGUCGCCACCAUAAUCACUGUGUACGCCAACUGGGGCUUCACUGAGAUCAGAGGUGCCGGAUGGCACUGGGCUGGUGCUGUCUGGAUCUGGGAUAUCGUUUGGUUCAUUCCCCUUGACUUCAUCAAGUUCGGUAUGGCCGCUAUUCUCGAGCGCUACGCCAAGGCCCACAACCCUCCCGCUCCCGGCAUGCCCGUCACCGAGGAGGAGCGCACCCGCAUGUCCAUGGAUGCUGCCCAGCACGUCACUCGCAUUUCAACCAUCCCGUCCCGUGGUGCCUCGUACUAUGCUCCUAACUUGCAGGAUACCAUUUCGGGUCGCCGCAACUUUGGCAGUCGUGUCAAGAACUUGAUCACUAAGUCGGGCAAGCACAUCGGCAUGGACAACCAUGAGCUGCGCCGCCUCCAGAGCACCCAGGCUCAGGCUGCUUCUCGGAUUCUGACUAGCGACAAGUAA